UCGUCAAUGUUGACAAAUAUAUUUGUUAAAGACGACUGAUGUGGAAUGACUUUAUUAAACAUUGAUCAGUGUUGAUAGAAAUGAAUUUGGUAUGAUCGAGACAUGGAAGUGCUACUUUCCAUUUGUCUGUAAUGACGUCUGCAUGUUGGGCGACUUUAUUCAACGUUGAUAGCAAGGUUCGAUAGAGAUGUGAAACAGUUACUUUGCAGUCGUCGAUUUUGGCAAACAGGUAUUUUGCACGACUCUGUAAUGUUGGUUGACUUUAUUCAAUUUGGUAGGGAUUCAGAACAAACGCUUAUACGAUUGAGACUUGGGAAAGCUACUUUAUUCUCGUCAACUUUGGCAAAUAUCUGUUCAGGACGAUUCAAUGUUCGACGACUUUAUCUAGCUUUGAUAUAGAGGAAGUUAAGUGUAUUCAAUCGAGACCUGGAACAGCUACUUUGCAGUCGUUAAUAUUGGCAAACAGGUGUUUAGGACGACUAUACGUAAUGUUGGUUCAUGACCUUAUUCACUUGAUAGGGAUUCAUAACAACCGCUUAUUCGAUUGAGAUACGGAAAUGCUAUUUUGCAAUCGUCAAUUUUGGCAAAUAUCUGUUCUGGACGACUUGAUAUUGGAUAUCUUUAUUCAACUUGGAUAGGGAAGAAUCUGAGUUUAAUCAAUUAUUCAAUCGAGACAUGGAAAAGCUACUUUACAAAUAUCUAUUUUCAUUGGCAAAUACCUGUUAUGACGACUGUCACACUGGAUGACAUUAUCCAACUUACAUAGCGAGGAAUUUUGGUAUUAUUCGAUUGAGACGAGGACGUGCUACUUUGCAGUUAUCUACCAUCACGUGAGCUAUGAUUUGGAGUAAUUUCAGAACAACCGCUUAUUCGAUUGAUACAGGGAAAUGUUACUUUGCAAUCGUCAAUUUUGACAAGUAUAUGUUCAGGACGAUCAACUAAACGUUGGGUGACUUUAUUAAACUUUGAUAAGGAGGAAACUUGGCUUCACACAUUUUUUGAAUAAGACAUCCUACUUUACCGUCGUCGGCUUUAAUACCUGUUCACGACGACCAUGUAAUGGCGGCUGGUAUAAUCGGGCGACGCACAGGUGACAAAAUUCAACUGUGAACUUGAGAACAGAAGAACAAUUUGACUAAAACCUAAGUAACAUAGGGCUUUGUCACUGGAUGCUUAGUAGUGCUUUGGCUUCAUUCCAUCAAUGUAUCACGUUAGUUGCAGCUUAUUGGAAGAUGUACACAAGCUCUUGAAAUAACGAUGAAUCUCGUAAAGGUCCUCAUUCUGUGUUUUAUUGUCGUCGCAACAACAAAUGGAGGUCCUCAUCAAGAGUGUUUAAACGGACUCCACGAUUGUGACAAGAUCAACGGAGUAUGUAUCGACAACCAAACCUCGUACACGUGUGCGUGUAACCCAGGUUUCACUGGAGAUGGAAAGACUUGCGCAGAUGUCGAUGAAUGCACUACAAAUAAUCCCAAUCACAAACACCGGUGUGUGGCAAAUGCAACGUGUUGGAACACUUUUGGAUCAUAUUACUGUACAUGUCAGGCCGGAUUCAAGGGUAACGGUGAAAUAUCUUGCGAUGAUAUCAAUGAAUGCGACCCAAGUGUGAACUAUACGGUCACGCUAUAUAUACAUGAUGGCAAAACAUCAGGCAGCAGAGCAGAAAUUUCUGUGACACUUGGCGGAUUAAAAGAAAUCACUGCCCCUUGGUCAUUAGGGACUCAAUGGGACACCACGCGGGUCUCACAACGUACUAUAACCACUUCGACAGCUCUUGGCUACAUACAGAAUAUUACCCUGUUCAAGUCAAACACGGGUACUACCAACGAUGACGGGCUAGACUUAGUCAAGGUAACGGUAAAUGGCACAGGCAUGGAUCGUAGUGAUACAUUUCUUUGUCCUGCUCCUUUUUGCAACCUCAAAUGGCCGAAUCUUAGGGUUACACUGAACAAUUCAGGCGUUAACUACACUGUCACCAUCAUCGUAGAGAGAAAUGAGGGCCAAUCACCAGGAAACGGGGAGCUUUUCAUCCAACUUAGCGGACUAACUGAAAGCACGACAACUACGUCGUUAGGGAAAGAGUGGAGCAACUUUGCUGUAUCACAAGGCCAUGUUAUUCAUCCAACACCACUUGGCUAUAUACAGAGUAUUACGCUAAAGAGGCCAUCGCCAAGUCUAGACAAUGCUGCCCGCUACGCUUUUUUUAGAAUCACCGUGCAAAGCCCAGUUAUGAAGAAUGAAGCCGUAUUCCAAUGUCCUGUUCAACCUUGUGAAAUUCGCCUUCCUAAUACUACGGUGACACUACGUAAUUCAGUUUCUCCGAGCAAUUUCUCCGAAGUGGGAAUUGAACCUCUUCCUGUGUGUGGGGCAGAAGCUGAAUGUUUAAAUACUCUAGGAUCCUAUAAUUGUAAAUGCAAACAGCUAGGUUACACCUGGAACAACUCGAAGUGUGAGGAUGUAGACGAGUGUGCAAUUCGUAGGAGCUGUGCAACAAAUGCUACAUGCACCAACACCGUUAGUUCGUACAUUUGUGCCUGUGAACCCGGCUUUACUGGAGCAGACGCCAGGAAGUUAUGUUUAGACGUAGACGAGUGCAAUACAACUAACGCCACCAUGAAACACAACUGCGCCCCCGAUGCAUUUUGCAAUAAUACUGUGGGAUCCUACAACUGUACGUGUAAACCAGGCUUCAUUGGAAAUGGGUGGACUUGCAAACCCUCAGAGAGAAACCUAACCGAUGCAGCGAAGGAAUUAAUGAAUGACGCAAAAACCAUACCAGAAUCGAAAUCUGCCGGCGAAGUCAAGUCAAAGGUUAAUGAGAUGGUGACGAAACUUGAUAAAGGCACGGACAAGUUAUCCAACAACGAAAGUAAGUUAGUCCGUGAGGAGAUCACGAUUGGUAUUCAAGAAUACCUCAAGAAGGACAACUACACAAACAACUUUGCAGAUUCUAUAAAGAUAGGUGACUCACUUGGGCAGACUACUAAUGAGACGGAUGAGCUCUCUCACAAAACUAUGGAAAUGUGUGUUUCUCUCUCCAUCCGGGUACUAAAUGGAACACCGACGUCAGGACUGUCCUUGACAAAUGUCACAGAUCUGUCAACCGCUUUAUCGAAGUGUCCUGGCAAUGUAGUCGAUGCUUUGUACGAUCCCCAGACAACUAUUCCCUCUGCCGAAAAUCUGACGGACAGCGAACCAAAUGUUGCUAAGAAAGAAUUGUCGAAGAAAUUGAUGACACAGGUCGAUACACUAAUCAACACAAUGAUGAAGGAAUUAAACCAAAAAGCUGACACGAGUACUGAAUUUAUUGAAGUUGAAACGAAGUCGUUCGGCAUGAAGACGGGGAAGCGUACCGCCUCGUUCCUUCAGGAGGGGGCGAACAUCGACGUUGGGGAAGUUGGAGUGGUACUCAGUGAUAGUUUACAGACUGUAGGAGGCAUCAGUAUUUCGUUGGUCUCAUUCUCCCAAAAUCCGUACCUUUAUGGCGAAAAUUCCGAAUAUGUCAACAUCCCGGUUCUUCGAAUGGACGUCCAAGACAGCUCAAGAAGUCCGCCAUCGCCCUCUAUCUUCAGUGGCGCCACGGGAAUGAUCGGAACUAUUCAAUCGAAACUGAAGUAUGAGGAAGACGAUCAAGUGCUAAUUUCCGAUAUUCCAGAGAGAGGACAACUUUACGUCAUUAACUGCAACACCCGACAUGAGUUCCUCCGCCUCAGCUUCGUCAAAGAGUUCCCUUUGGUGGUGACGCUUUUAGGCCAGAUGCAUAACCAGCCGGGUGACGUAGACUACGACUUUAAAUACGUCAUAUCUGACGUCAUAAUGUCCGAGCACGUGAAGGAAGGAUGUCAGAUUGUGACGAAGAAGACGGAUCAAGAGUAUUCCUUCUUCAUCUAUAACUCGUGUUUCAAACAGCUCGGAGAAUUAAAAGUUGUCUUCAAAGUUGCUCAAGUGUCUAUGUCAAGGUCUCGGAGAGGCUUGCUGGCCACCGGUGCGAGUUACGCCAUGCACAUGGUCACCAUCGCGCCAAGGGUAUGGAACCCGGCGACAAACGCGUGGGAGGUGACCGAUUGGGUUCAGGUUCUGCCCGAAACAACUCCGAGAGACAUCAAGUUCAAGAGUAAUUUCUUCGGGACGGUCACGGCUGGUAUAUUCGUACCGCCCAACACCGUCAGCUUCGCCGAAAUCUUUCCGAACUUCUCCGAGAAGAUCCGAAACAGCCCGAUUGUUCUUGCCGUUAUUCUAGUUACUCUGCUGAUGUUUUGUCUCCUUCUCAUCUGGACAAGGCGAAUGGACAAGAAGGAUUUUGAAGCGUGGGUAUGCUCACCACUGGUUGAUAAUCAUCCAGGGGACGAGUACUGGUACCGCAUGAAUCUCUACACGUCCUCGCGACCAAAGGCCGGCACCUCAGCCAAUGUCUUCAUUAUCUUGAUAGGGGAGAACGGGGCGACGGGACCGCGGUUCCUAAGCGAUGGACACAGACAGAACUUUCAACGCGGUUCGAUCAGCUCCUUCCUCCUCAAGCACGACACAUCUCUCGGUCGGCUCCAGUACGUGUUUAUUUGGCAUGACAACAAGAGCUCUCAUCCAGAUUGGCAUUUGUCACAUAUCGUCAUAGAAGAUAUGUACCUGGGGACAAGCAACGACUUCUUAUGUAACCACUGGCUGACGAAGUCCAAAGGCGACCAUCGCACGAACCGGCUCCUCCGGGUAACCCAUGCUGGCAACAUCAGCGGCGUCUCACAGCUCCUCAGUCACCACUCCAAACGAUUUAUGUUCGACUCGAACUUAUGGUUCUCCAUAUUUCACCGCCCGUACAAGAGCCGCUUUACGCGAGUCCAGCGUUUGUGUUGCUGCGCUGCAGCACUUUCUCUCAUCAUGCUGACGAACGCGAUGUGGUUUGAGACUGGCCCGACCGGAAGUAGUUCCGCACUUCAUAUAGGUCCACUGCGGAUUACCUUCCGGAGUGUGUUCAUCGGCUUUAUGUCCAGUUUGAUAAUAUUUCCGCCGACCUUGGCAAUGGUUCAGAUAUUUUCAAGAACACCAUACAAACGGAAUACAGUUCUGGUUGAAGUUAUAAGAAAGCAUCCAGUUGUCAAACCCAACCUUCUGCCGUGGUGGUGUGACAUUAUAGGUUACCUCCUGGCCAUUGCGUGCAUUCUCGGUGGGGCUUUCUUCGCAUUUUUCUACAGUCUGGAAUGGGGAGGUGAGAAGUCUAUAAAGUGGCUUUCAUCCUUGUUCGUCUCAGUGACCCAGAACAUUGUUUUACUGGAAAGUAUUGCCAAGAUGCUCUGUUUCACCCUCGUUAUGACUUGUAUUCUGCGGUUGCCUUCCGAAGCCGACGAUAAGUCUGUUGAGGACGAAUUCUUACUGACGGAUGUCGCCGAUGGCGAAAGUAACGUAGAGAUUCCACCCGUGCCAAACCUGCCAGAAAAACUUGACAACUGCCACGAGACCGACGCAGAGCGGAAAGUACGACAGGCGAAAGAUAAGAAGUUGUUUACAAUAGCCCGCCAGACAGGGGUCCAGUUUCUGUACUUGGUUCUCCUGAUGAUUAUCUGUAGCAGCAACAGAGGGAGUAAUUUUUACCACCAAAACAAGGCGUUCAAGAAUGCAUUUGGACCACGGGGCGAAGCUUUCGUCAAUGGCCAUGCAGACUUUGGGUAUGUUUAUAACUGGCUGAAGACUGCAGCAAUACCCAUGUUGUAUCCGGAUACAUAUUACAAUGGCAAGGCGAUGGACGCGCAUGAUCGUUCGUUUAUGAAUACCAUAGAUGGUUUGAGGAUUGGCCCUGCAAGACUGAGGCAGAAAAGGGUUAAGGAGGUCUUUUGUGAAUGGGAGAACAUCAUCAGGAAGUGUGUCUACGACUAUGACCAGGGCGAAGCAGAAGCGGGUGACUUCCUAACAUACUGGAGACACCCAAUCCAACGCCCGGUCGCAAAGUCACCAUUCCUCCACACCCCUGCUCACAAAAACGACAUCACAUUCACCGGAACAUUCUCAACCUACGACGGCGGGGGAUACGUUGCAGAGUUCGGCGACAGUUCAAAAACUGCCCAACUCAUCCUCGACCAGUUAAGCGAAACGAACUGGAUGGACCGGCUAACCAGGGCAGUGUUUCUCGAAGCGACGAUUUACAACGCCAAUGUCAACUUGUUUUCAUGUUUGAGGAUAUCGUUUGAGAUGCCCGUCAUUGGUGGCAUAUAUAUCUCAACGACUGUUGAAAGUUUCAGGCCAUACCCGUACCUGGACAAUUGGGACCUGGUUCUCCUCAUCUUGCAGAUAUUAUGGGUGCUGGUCCUCUUCUAUUUAGUGUAUGUGGAGGUUAACCUGGUGAGAGCCUUCGGAAGGCAAUACGUGCUAGACGCGUGGUCUUACGUUCAGGUCUUGAACAUACUGACGUCCUUUUCAUCAGCAAUCCUGUACGUCAUACGGGUUGCCUUCGUCAUCGGAGCGAUUGAAGACGUCAAGAACAACGUGGGAGAAUACGUCUCCUUCGAGAAGAUGCUACAGAUUGAUGAAGCAUACACAUCAUCCUUAGCCAUCAUCUCAUUCAUCUGCAUCAUGCAAGUCCUCAAGCCACUCACACUGAACUAUUUCUUCGCACUGCUCAAAAAUAUCAUGAAAAGAUCCGCUCACACCAUACUUUCCGCCUUCAUUUUCUUGUUCUUUAUGUGGAUGGCUUUCGGGGCGAGCGCCUAUGUCGUUCUUGUCCACACCACUGCCGCAAGUUUCCGGACAUUACCGCGCUCGCUCUGGACUCUCGUUCGCCUGACCAUAGGAAUUAUAAAAUUCCCAGAGGCAAUGGGGGAAGAGACGACCGUCAAACGUGUUUUAUUCGUGUCAUUCAUGGUUGUAUGCUACAUCGUUCUUUUCAACCUGAUUGUGACGAUCUACUUGGAGAUGUACACAGCAAUACGAGAGUUGAAAACCUUGGAGGGGUUCGACUACGAGCUGAAUGAACACUUUUGGAAGCGGAUCUACAUGUUGCGUGAUGCCUUUUUGAAGAAAGAGGAAUCGUCAUGGUCUUGUGAAAGCAAUACAAAUGGUGCUGCUGACAAGACUGCCUCGGAUGAAUCUUUGCGGCGGAGGAAAGAACAGCUACAUAAAAUGGCCAACAUGAUGAACACAACGUUAUAUGAUGCCUUCACAAAAUACGAUAAAGAGAUAGAAGUCUCGAAAAACGAGGUAAAAAAUGUUAGGAGGGUCUCGGAUCACACAGGCGAGAAACUGCAAGCGUCUAAGGAUACCAUCGGGGAGACGAAACAGACACUUGCAGACAUCCAGGAGAGGAUCUAUGCGGCAUUGGCAAAGCAGUCCGAAAGACUCAGCUUCAGGGAGCGCUGGGAGUGGAGGGCUGAAAACAGAGACAAUGACCAAGUACACGUGGAAAUGGAAAAUGAAAAGAAACGCGUUCGAAAUGUCCUCAAUCACACUCGUCAAGGCUUUGCCUGUUAAAGAGCAGCUUAAUAUUGUGUCGACAACUUUACUGUUCAAAUUAUUUGACGACAAUUUGAACUAGGUACCAUAUGCACUUUUUAAGGCCCCUUUGAAACCUUUCCCGCGCUAUAAUGAGAUGGUACGUAAUCUCUGCAGGCAUCAAGAGUGCCCGCGGGAAAGGAGACGCAAUUGCCAGGUGCCAUGUGAUAUUGUAUUUACCUUGUGCCACCCUGCUAAGAUUGUUUUGCCAAAUCUACCCCUCAGCACAUAGCACUUGUACUGUAAAUAAUGUAUACACUUAAAACUCUAACACAGGCGUUUGUAUCGUCCCGUUCAAUCGCUUAAAAUGACAGCGACAACAAACAAACAUGUUCUGCUGAUUAAGUUUGGUGUUUAAUUAGAAUAAUGUAACACAAUCUUAGAAAGCUCAUGGAUCUAUUUAUAUGCAGGGACGCAUCGACCACACCCGUGUCGUGUUGCUGGGCCAUGCCAACCUAGACAAUGGAAACAACAUGGAAGCACUCCCAAAAUCGCGACGAAAACAAUCUGAAAAGAAAGUUUUUUUACCAGAACAAUUGCGAGUCUACUUUGCAUGGAGCAUGAGGUAGAAAGAACAUUAUGCUGAGAGUAAUAUGCAAGCAAAUAUUUGAGAUGCCAGUGGCUAAAUACCCAAAUAUUUAACGAACUUAAGCUCAGUUGAAUGACAGAUAAUGCCUUCCGCAAAAUGCAUUUCUAUGCAUCUGGCAAAGAAACGGUCUUCAUGAGUUCGGCGUUGGCGGGAGGAGUGACAAAGCGACCGACCACCAGCACCGGAGAAUCGACCUUGUCUCGGGCGUCCACGCACUGCAUUUAGGGUAUAAUGACAUAUCGACUGCUGAACGUUUUGAUCUUGAAAGGCUCGUUUUUAUCACAUUCUUCCUUUAUGUCAUAUUUCAUAUUACAGCUUGAUCCUCUGAAAGUAAAUUCCUCGCACGUCUUGGAGUUUUCCCGCUCACUUUCUCGGCUAAUGUGUUCGCAUUCAAGUCGUGAACGCGCAAGUUUGAUUGUCACCAACUCGGUCAAUGUAUCUCGUAGUCUGCGUUUAGCGAAAAUAAUGUUUAAGGCUGCUUGAGCUAGGCCGGUAAGAAAGAAAAUAAGAAAAGUUUGAAUGAUCGCAGAAUCGUGAUAUUGCGUAAUGUCCUAUUGAAUUUGAGGCACAUUUACUUUUAGAAGCUGCUGCUGUCGUUUUGUGUUAAAAGAAGUUAUUUAAUGUAUUCAGCCCUUGCCCAAUACUUGGUCUAUUGUCAUUAAACAAAGUCCGCUGGCAUCUCGACCUAAAUUCCUAUUGUUCUGCUGUCUUAUCAAAGGGUUAUCAGGGCAAAUAUUGAUAACAUCGCGAUCGACCCUCAGGAAACAGCUCUCAUGGAGGUCGAUAAGCCUAAACUGACAAGUGCAAAUAAACGUACAAGCAUAAUGGUCUCCUGCGGAUGUUCUUACCAUUGCUUGCCCGGUACAUGCUCUCGAUAUGACGAGGACUAAUCAUAUAAGAAAACACUCUCAACAUUGACAUCGAUCCUACGAAAUACCCGUCAUUUCCUGCCGCGUUGCUCCCCAGUGUUAUUGGAUAUGAUUGUCCCCCAUACGCAGCAUGAGUAGCGAUCGUGCCUUCCUUUUUCCCGUUGACAAAAAUCCGGAAAAUAUUUCUCUGUUACUGCUAAAAAUAUCCAGUGUUGACUUCCGAAAUCGAUGGUGUAGAUAGUGACGUGUUUUGUUACAGGGCUAGCUCUCACUCUUAAAUGCGGAUUAUAAAUUACUCCGCAAUUUCGAUUCCAUUUCACUCCUAUCUGAGUUUGUCUCAGCCAGACCGAAAAAAAGGAACACUUAUGUAAACAAUCGAAAAUAUACGCUGUUUGGUCUGGGCAUCGGACACGAAAGAAUAUCGUAAAGGAGAUUUGCGUCAACGGGUCGAUGUCUAUUGGCGGCAUUCCAACCCAGUGUUUGCGUUCGAAAAGUGAAAGGACAGUGCCAAAACGUGAAGACCUAAUGUAUUCGGCUCCACGUUUUAUACUUGAAUGUCAAAGAUGAUAAAAAAGAUUUAUACGCAUCCGUGCUGAUUGAUAUGAAACAGGAAAAUAGAGAGGGUGACACUUUUUUCAUGACUUGCCAUUUUUGGUCCGGAGGCCCGAUACAAUUUAUAAGCUUUCGGCGGUACCUUUGCCUUCAUAAUAGGUAUGAGAAGGCUGGGAGAAAAUGCUUUAUCAAUAUACGUAUUUAUGAUAUUACAAUUCAAUGAAAUAAGGUAAAUGCGCAUACAGUCGUUGAGCAGACGAUAAUCCAAACGGCGACAGGGAAAGCCCUUCACCUCGAUAGAUUUUGUUUUCUUCCAAACAUGCCAAACUGCGUCCGUCCUCCUUUCGCAAUAUCGAACUCUAGUUAUUGAAGACGUUAUUCUGCCCCUGCUUGAAUUGGCCACCAUUAUUUCCGAAUGUGCAGGAUGAUCUCUCUACGGAGGCUUUACUCGGAUCCAGUUGGGAUUGAAAUCGGAAAAGCGUAAUACAUGUGAUUCUGUCAUUUUCGUCAUUUUUGCCAUUUAUGUGUUAUCAAGGAUA